AUGAAGGGUUGGAACUCGGAUUUCGCUUUUUAUCUUCUGCAGCUGAUGGCACUGUUUAGUAUACUUAGCUAUCUUGGCUUACUUGCUUCCUAUAUUCACUCUAUAGCCCUAUUUAAGAGCAAUGUACUUACUCGCAUAACAGGUUCAAAUUAUCAAGGCAGUUUCUUCUCAUAUGUCUUGACAAACGCCUGUCUUACGGCACAUCGCUUACUCUACACAUUGUUCCCAUUCAAGGCACGAAAUAUCCUAUCUGAGAACCUAUUAAGACUGUGUCUCGUUCUCAUACUAGCAUUCUAUAUAGUAUAUGUGAGCAUCACUCUAACUCCACUAGCCUCAGUUGUGUAUUGUCCUGCGCAGUUGUUCUUCUAUUUCGAGUGGAGGCCCUUGCUCAGAGUUCUUCAAACGUAAGA